AUGGAUAAUUACCAGGUUGGCGUAGAGUACCUCUCCGCAGGUGCAAAUAGGCAUACCGCCGUGGCCGACUGGAGUGAGGAUGGGACAGUAGCCUUCGGUGCUGACUCACUUGUCGCUUUAUGGCGACCACAUAACGCGGCACCAAAAGGUGUGACAAAUCUUCUUUCGGGACACAAGGAUAUCGUCAAGGCUGUCAAGUUCCUACCUAAGCUUGAGGGCGAACCUACAUCGUAUUUGCUCACUGGAGCUGAUGAUCAAUGUCUGAAAAUUUGGGCGCUUUCGACAGAUACCGAUGAUGCCGGUGGUGCUUCUUGCAUGCAAACAGUGAAUGCUCAUACGGCACCUGUGAACUGUAUAGCAACUCUUCAUGGGAAAUCAUCGCCAGGUUCGACGUCGAGGAUAUUUGCCACGGGUGCAGCAGAUGCCUCGAUAAAAGUGUGGGCACUAGAAGGCAACGAAAUUCGCUUACUACAGACCAUCAAGACUGCCCCGAAGUUCUUCCCACUCUCGAUAGCCUUGAGUAGCCUCAGUCAGGAUGGUGAGGGAUUAGUUCUAGCAGUGGCUGGGACGAGGGAUAUUGUCCAAAUUUUCGUUGCAAGCUCCAGCACUAGCCCCGAGUUUCAGCUCCAGGCAACCUUAUCAGGCCACGAGGGAUGGAUUCGAUCACUAGAUUUCACAUGGGAGGGAAAUAAUUCCGAGAGCGACCUGAUACUAGCAUCUGCGAGCCAAGACAAGUACGUCCGCCUAUGGCGAUUUCACAGAGGCAAGGAGUUGCCUGCUGCAGCGGCGAACGGGGCUGACCCAUCCAUGGGCGCAUAUCUACCUGGAAGGUCCCCUUCGAAUAAGGCACAUCGGUUAAAAGCCGCAGAAAAGGACUAUUCUAUAACCUUCGAGGCGCUGUUACUAGGGCACGACGAUUGGAUAUACAGCGCAAAAUGGUAUUCUAGCCCGUCUACCGGAAAACUGCAACUCCUGUCUACAUCCGCGGACAAUACGCUCGCGAUAUGGGAAGCGGACCCUUCUUCGGGUAUCUGGGUCACGACGGUGCGGCUCGGCGAGAUUAGCCGGGAGAAAGGAGCCACGACCGCGACGGGAAGCACAGGUGGGUUCUGGACGGGUCUCUGGUCUCCCUACGGAACCUCCGUGGCGUGUCUCGGCCGGACCGGCAGCUGGCGGCUGUGGGACCACAGUGCGUUGCAGGACCAGUGGCUGCCGCGCAUCGGCAUCAGCGGGCACACGCGCUCCGUGACAGGCAUCGCGUGGUCCAAGAACGGCGACUUCUUGCUGUCCACCAGCGCGGAUCAGACCACACGGCUGCACGCGAGCUGGAGCAAGGGCGGCGGGGCCGGGACCUGGCACGAGAUGGCGCGCCCGCAGAUCCACGGCUACGAUCUCAACUGCAUCGACUCCCUAGGCGGCUCGCGCUUCGUGUCCGGCGCGGACGAGAAGCUAAUGCGCGUCUUCGAGGAGCCGAAGGCGGUCGCGCGACUCCUGCGCCGACUGUGCGACGUCGUCGGCUCCCGCGACGAGGACGUCGAGGCCAUGCCCGACGCGGCGAAUAUGCCCGUGCUCGGGCUGUCGAACAAGGCGAUCGAGGCCGUCGACGACGAUAUCGAGGUCCGGGCGCCGGCGGCCAACGAGAUGGAGCGGGACGCCUUGGACCCGGGCACGACGGUGCGCAGGUCCGCGCUCGAGAUCGACCACCCGCCGCUGGAGGACAGCCUGUCGCGGCACACGCUCUGGCCCGAGAUCGAGAAGCUGUACGGCCACGGCUACGAGAUUUCUUGCCUGGCCGUGAGCCACGACGGGACGCUUGUCGCGAGCGCGUGCAAGGCGAGUUCGGUCAACCAUGCCGUUAUCCGCCUUUUUGAGACGGAGAGGUGGACGGAGGUGAAGCCGCCGCUGACGGCGCAUUCGCUGACUACGACGCGAUUGCGGUUUUCUCCCGACGACAGGUACCUGCUUAGUGUUGGGCGAGACCGGCAAUGGGCUGUUUUCGAACGGGAUGGCGACAAUAAGCAGAGCUAUAAGCUGUUACAGUCUAAUCCAAAGGGACAUUCUCGAAUGAUUCUAGACGCCGCAUGGGCGCCUUCGAAGGACUCGUUGGUAUUUGCUACGGCCGGUCGAGACAAGCAAGUCAAGAUAUGGCGGCAAUCCCCGGCCGACUCGGGAGAGCCUAGUAUUGCCUCCGUGACUACGAUACCUGAAACGCAUCCAGUCACAGCUAUCGACUUCCUACAUCGGGACGCCGAGAGCAGCGCCUUUCUCCUGGCGGUUGGCACUGAGAUCGGAAAAGUGUCAAUAUACUUGAUUAACGCGGUCUCACUUGAAGUAUCUGCAACGCUAAAUCUAAGACCGGAGUAAGCCCUUUCACGU